AUGAGCGCGGCAAACGACGAUUCCGCUUCCGCGAUACCUGGCCAAACCAUGCCGAUGCAGUCACACCCCAUCAACCCAGAGGCACCGUCUCUCUUGACAAUACCAGGCGAAGUGCGCAACAACAUCUUCGAGGCCCUAUUCGAGUUGGGCGACCCUGUUCAGAUCUCCCGCGAUCGUCACGAGACGUACGUGGCAUCGCGCUACUUCGAACAUGUCGCCAAUUUCCACAAGGAAGUAACCGGUGUUCUCUACAUUCGAAAUAUAUUCUGUGUAAAAGACGAUCCACAUACUGCUGAUCCAAUUCAAUGGGCAAUGGCCUGGCUCGUCGAUAUUGGUAGACAGUCCUCCUCUGUUCGACAUCUUCAAAUUUACAUCGACAACGUAUUCCACGGUGCGGAUGAUUUCAUCAAUAUAUCACCUAUACUACAUCAAGCAUGGAAGCCUGAUCGUGCGGCUUUAAAGGUUGAACUUCUCCCUAGAUGGUCUCCGGGAUGGGGUCGCCCCCCAGGCGAAGAUGUUAACAGAACAGCCGAGAUGAACGCGGUCUCAUGUAACCAGCAGAUCGCCACAAUCAUUGGUGACUCGUCAGGGAUGAUCAGAAGGUUCUUUUCUGUGCCUUUAUUACUACAAAAGGUCUGCCUGUACUUUCAGGAGCACUAUGCUCACGUUCAUUACUAUGAAGCAACCAAUAGCGACGACCACCCACUAUCUGUGGACAUUGUUGAUAUCGUCGACAACGGUACGGAGAGUACAUUGUCCAAAAGAGUACCGGUUACGGACAUCAAACGCAUCAUGUGGUGCCUCGAAAUUCGAAACCCCAUCUUGACCAUGGCAUUGUGUCCAGACGAGGACAUCAUCUUUGACCUCACAAACCGGACAACAAACGUGGAUGUGGCUCACAUCGUAUCGGUCACUACUUGCUUGACUGGUACACACGAGGUCGGUUUCCGGGAAAGAGCGUUCAGUGUCACAUUGACAAGUAUGAGUACCCUGGCAGCUUUCACCGCGGAACUAAAGAUACUCCGCGGACUGCCUCUCGGAAGUCCUAUGAGCAUAAUCAUUCGCUACUAUCUGGACAACAAUGCCUCCUUGGACGAUGUACGGCUCGAUGCUCUCGCGCUUUUGCAUGCGACGGGGUGUCGCUACCCAUCAAAGCCUGUGUGCAUCGAGGUCUACAGCAAAUCUGGCACUGCCCCAAUCAACAGCUACACUAUCUCUCUUGAGGAUAUACGACAGAGCAUCCUUCUCUUCAUGUACCAGAUCUUCAAGAAAAGUCCAGAGCACAUGCUAGCGCAACUACCAAGGAUCUGGAUGAGUGGCAGGGGCGAGGCGCGGGAAGCCGAGUGGGACUUGAGCAAGUGUUCUAUCGAGCCGAUCAUAAAUAAGAACGUGGGCAUCAGCUCGACGAUCAUUUUAUCACGCUACGAAGGGAUUUUAGGGAUGUUGGAAAGCAUGUUCGAUCUAGACAAUCUUCCGCCUAACUCUAUGGGGGAUUUCGCAAUAGGGUUGCUGUGGUACUAG